AUGGGCGCGAGCCAGUCGACUCAAUACAGCGGAUCCCCAGAAGAACUGAGUUACUUGCUUGCGGAGCGCUUCGCUACAAAAUGCUUCACGCCACUAGAGCUCACGCAUUUCAAAGAUAAUUUCUACUCUCGUGCAGCGGAGCAAGGUGGCUUGCGGUACUGGAAUGAAAACACUCUCUCGGAUUUCCUAGGCAUUCCAGACGGCACCUCAGUCACUCACGAGAGCCCAUUGGAUGCAGGUCCAGUUUUGUUUCGUAUGGUAUCGUACCUAGGUGCAUUUCCAUUUCAAAAUACCUUAGCACCAAGCGUUUUGACCUUUGACGCUAUGGUCAAGGUAGUGGUACUGCUGACUGAACGCUAUGGGAAAGCGUUGCGACGAGGUCGCAAGGACCGCGUCAAGUUGUUGUUUGGAAGUCUUGCUGAUGUUGGAAGAAAAGACCUGGGACCAACACUGGAGAGUGCUAAGACGGACACGCAGCAGCUGACUGGUGAGGUGGUUGAGGCCUCCACUGUUCGGUCGCAUGCUCAGGGCUUUCUGAUUGAUGAACCUGCCAAUGAUGAGUAUGAUGAGGAUGACGACGACGAUCUUGCACUUGCGGCUCUCGAGUCGCUUGAUGCUAUCGAAGUGUUGAAAUACGAUCACCGUGUGGAUCGAACAGUCUAUGAAACGCGUAUAUCGAUCGAUACCUUCCGUCGACUGCUUAUGUUGCUACUCGUCAUUGCACCUUUGAAGCACUUAGAACCAGUCAAGGUCUAUACAUCAGAUCUUAGCCCUGAAAGAUUUGAGGCCGUCGAAAAAGAAACAGACAGCAUCAUUGCCGCGUUUUCCCAAGAGGAGUCAGAUGGCGGCAUAUCAUAUUGUGCUUUUGCUCGGACGGUCUCGUCGUCUUUACCAUAUCUCUUCGAUCCUCUUACGGCAUUGUUUGAGCAUCUGCUUUUCAGCAAGAAUCUAGAUCUUUCUCAACGACGACAAAGAGGGGAUGCUCAAGAAGAAGAUAAGGGCGAAAGGCCGGACGAAAUACCCCAGCCGACUCCGAUCACGCUCCCCGGCAGCUUUGAGUCAACCAUUUUGAAUUCGACAUUAAUAUCACACAUUUCAUUCUUCUUGCCUUCGGUCUCCCCGUCACUCAAUCUCUUUCGUAGUGGUGUUCGCCUCCACCCUGUGUUCUCAACCGCCGCCCACGGCUCGUCAUUAACAUCCUUCUCUCACCACGUCUUAACCUGGCAAUCCGCAACGCUGCUCGUAAUCCAAGGCUCAACAGAAGGUUCUAACCAAGAAACAGUUAUAAUAGGUGCAUAUCUUCCCCAAUCAUGGAAAUCUCCAAACUCAACAAGCAGCACAACAAAUAAAACCUCCAACACCCUCCCUUGUCUCUUCGAAUUAUCCCCAAAGCAUCAACUUCUCCCAGGGAAUUCAUCAUCAUCUGUUAGCAGCAAAUCAAAUCUCCCACCAGCCUGGUUCUCAACAAACUCCGGCGUUGCAAUAGGCUGCCAAAUACCACCACACUCACGCAGCCAGCACGCUCAACCCAGCCCACACGGCGCGGGCAGCCUGAUCAUCGACGUUAAUCUGGAAACAGCAGAUCUUUACGUCGAGCCAGCUGGGCACGAUGGUGUUUUCCUGCCAAGUGGAACCGCCUCAUUGAAUGAUAAGCCACUCAAAACACAUAUUGAUAUUUACUGUCUUGAAAUCUGGGGUGUAGUUCCUGACCCAGAUGUCGGGUCUUCGGACCCCAGCUCCAACGCUGUUGAGAUUCAACGUGCAAAGUGGGAUUUCGAGGCUCACGAGGCCGAGAGACGGCGGAAUGUCAAUUUGAAAGCUGGCGCUGGGGACUCCGCGAAGGAAAGUGCUCGCUGGUUAUUGGAAACGGCGGGCAUCCUUCCAGGAGAUCAGGGUGGUGGGAGCGUUUGA